AUGACCAAUCCUCAGCCUACAGUAGAAGGAGGUGUUUCAGAAGUUGAGAUAAUUUCACAACAAGUGGAAGAAGAGACCAAAAGCAUUGCCCCUGUACAGCUUGUUAAUUUUGCUUAUCGAGAUCUACCUUUAGCUGCGCUUGAUCUGUCUGUGGCUGGGUCCCAGCUUUUGUCAAAUUUGGAUGAAGAGUACCAAAGAGAGGGAUCUAACUGGCUAAAACCGUGCUGUGGGAGACGAGCAGCUGUGUGGCAGGUAUUUUUGCUCAGUGCAAGUCUCAACAGUUUCCUGGUAGCCUGUGUAGUAUUGGUGGUGAUUCUUCUGACUCUGGAACUCCUAAUAGAUAUAAAGCUUCUCCAGUUUUCAAGUGCUUCACAGUUUGCAGGAGUAAUUCACUGGAUCAGCCUAGUCAUCCUGUCUGUUUUCUUUUCAGAGACUAUUCUGAGGAUUGUGGUCCUUGGCAUAUGGGAUUACAUUGAAAACAAAAUAGAGGUGUUUGAUGGUGCUGUCAUAAUCUUGUCAUUGGCACCAAUGGUGGCCUCAACAGUGGCUAAUGGCCCCAGCAGCCCAUGGGAUGCUAUCAGCCUUAUUAUCACGCUACGAAUAUGGAGAGUGAAGAGGAUCAUUGAUGCCUAUGUCCUUCCAGUGAAAGUGGAAAUGGAGAUGAUGAUUCAGCAGUAUGAGAAGGCAAAGGUUAUUCAAGAUGAGCAGCUGGAAAGACUAACCCAGAUCUGCCAGGAACAAGGGUUUGAAAUCAGGCAGCUGAGGGCCCACCUUGCUCAGCAGGAUUUGGACCUGGCUGCAGAGAGAGAGGCUGCGCUGCAGGUCCCACAUGUACUGAACAAACAGAGCAGCAGCAGGUACAAGGUGGUAGCAACUGACGAUUCGGAUGAUGAAGCCACUGAGAACAUCACUGAGUUGCGACGUCCACGAG